AUGCCCGCCGCGCCCCAAAGUAAAUCAUCGGCGCUGAGCUUCGCCGCAGGCAUGCCAACACUCAGGCAUCCCGACGUCAACGUUGCUCUUGGGGUCGCAAGUCCCCAGAAACAGGGACCCUCAAGAGCACACAUAUAUCUCGCGCUUGCCGUCAUUACUCUUCUUCUUGUUGCCCGGAUCGUCAAGCCAAGACGUCUCAAACCAUCAGCCCUAUUGCCUGCACCUGGAGACUGCCAACGUGCUGAGAAAGUCGACAAGCAUCCCCCCCGCUUCUCACCAAUAGCAACUUCACCAACAUCCCAAAAGGGCAACCGACCUGUCUCUGUUUUGUCUCCCUGGAGCCAAUUCAAGGGCGGGAAAGGAGUUGUUCCGUUCACUAGGCUCGGGAUUCAUCAGCAACAUCCUUCCUGUGCUGCAGUGCUUACAGGUCACGGUGCCCAGAGAGCCGUGUUCGGAUUUUUGGGGCAGACGCCAGCUAUGGAUGACAACGAGAAUGACCCGCUGAAGGAUCGCUUGCGCUCAGGGUCAGCAUCACGUGGCGUCAGCACCAAUGUUCCCGAUGACGCCGAUUUUAGAUACCAACACGACCCCUCCCCGGCCGGCAGGUACACUGAGCAACAUGUAGGAGAUAGCAGACCGAGCUACUCCUCCCACUUCUUCCCUUCUAACUUUCCAGAGGGAUAUGGUAGUGGUGGCUCCGAGGGCAUGGAGAUAGGACCAAUGUCAGGCUACAGCAGCUUUGGCGACCGUGAUUGGAGUGCCGCAUCUGAUCAGCAAGCGGGCUCCUCGAGUGCUGUGUAUGGACAGGAUCCCAACUUCGGUGCUGAGAGCUUUACUGGGUCCCCUGGCUUUUCUGGCUUCGAUCUCAGCACUCCCCGACGCUUUUCGCGCCCACCUCCACCACCACCACUAACACCUCCAACACGUAGCGACAACAGGUUUCCCUUCGAAGACCGUCAUAUCGGCUAUGCAGCAUCGAUCCCGCCAGAGCUGGACGCCAGCUUCAUACACCAGCCCAAUCCAGCUUAUAGCGGCAUGUCAACAUCAGACGACGUCUUGAACUCCAGCCCCCAGACCGCAGACCCAAUACCGCGCAGAAGAUCCUACACGAGGACUGUCCCCAUCGGAAUUCCUGUUCCUGGAACCACGCCCGCCUACUCUGCUGAGGCAAUGGCGUCAGGUACUGCCUUCACCCCCUCGAGCUAUCCGCCAACAUCGCCUCUUCUGCCUCCUCCUCCACCCGGGCCCGAUGCUCCCUCCGAGUACGUAUUUGUGGGUGGGCCGGGAGGUCCAGGUGUUGUCUUGUCAGAUCAGGAGAUCGAUCUCCACGGCGAGAUCAUAUCAGUCAUGGAUCACUCGGGUCAUGGGUGGAAAAGGCAUACACGCGUCUACGGUGGAGGCGUUUGUCUCGCCUGCCUCGCCGCCGAAGACCAAGGUGGCUUUUAUGGCGACACGGUGCCUCUCUCGGAUCGGCGAUGACGAAAUCAAGAUCGAUGUCAUAAACAUAUGCAGAGGUUAGAUUGAGUUGCGGGGCUGCUGAGAUGGGUUGCAGUUUGCGCUUCGCGUUUGGUCCCAACGCAGUUCCAGGGUCCAGCUGCAUCCCCCAUAGGUUGGCAAAAGUUUCCAUGUGGGGGUGGUGACGAACUGGGGCUCCCACCAUUUCGGUGUUCAGGAGGCUAGGGGAAGAAAAGUAUGGUUCGCAUUCGAAGCCCGCGCAUCACGUCUAUACGGAGAGCCGUAAGGCUGAAUAGCCGGACGAGCUUGAUUCAUUGUGCAACGACUAGUCGUCGGCAUUGGAUCCAUCGCAGGGAAGAUAAUGCACAGGCAUUAGGGAUGGGUUGGAAAGCUAAGGUUACGCCAGUUAUGACAUUUCCUCACAUGUAAAUUCUUUAUUUCAACAUUCUUUCGUUGUUUCUAUUAAUGUCUGUUUAAUACUUUUGGAAGCAUGUACUCUUCAGAUGUCAAAGUCGGCGUUUUGAGGCACUUCUCGAUUCCCAUUUGCUGUUCACUCUCACCGGCUGUCGUCAAGAACAGGGAGUGGUUACACGGCUCGUUGUGGGUCUAUGUUUAUCAUUGACUUGCCUGUUUGGGAAUGACAGCGAGUUGAUGGCGCUUUUCUACAAUUUAGGUUGCAUGCUGGGUCAUUUGGCAUAUUCUCCUUGCAAUUUUCCUGCAUAAAACUCACGACGGUGCCUGCCUUUGGAAGCACUGACAGAAAAAGGAGCGGUGUGAUAAACCGGCAGUUUUUAAUACCAAGCGCCGAUGUAUCCUGAGGUGAGCUACCUAUCUCUCAUAGGGCUGGCUGCUGAUUAAAACCAGGUACGACGGUAUUGUACCUAUGGUUGAACGCAAAGCCGUAUUGUGGUUGUGUCACCAAGACAUGAUUGUUGGGCAAGACGACUUAUCAAGAUUUUCCAUACUGUGUUAUAUCGGCAGAAGUCAAUCAGCGAUCCGCCACCCGACCAUGCAAAAAUAUUUGUUCUUUAGCUCCGUCAUCAUGGAAAUGUUAAGACAUGGGAGCAUCACACGGAAAGGCGGAAGGAUUCGGUCAUUCUCGAUGCUAGCACUGUGACGACCACACGAAUCCCGAGGGAGAAGGACUUGGGCGACAUUGCAGGGAAAAAGGCGCCAUGCAGAGAGUGAUCAUUUACCUUGGAAAUCCUGCGGCAGGCCGGGGAAAACACUCAAUCUCACGUCAUCUGAUCGGGGACCUUGAACUGAGUUGCCAACCUGGCUUUAUUAUGCAAGUUGCAAAAGAUGCUGGUUUGCUGUUGGGGAGCAAGGUCGACCGCAACGUUAGGGCAUGCUCUCAAAAACCCGGUGAUUUCGGUGUCUAUUAUGUGUUUUAUCACCCAUGAGAUGUCUCGGGCUUCUCUGGUAGGUAAGCUGUUUAUUUCCUGGUCGUUUAGACCUGUGCCGCCGCCGACCGGAAGUCCCAACCAACAGUGGCCCGCCGGAAACCCACCAACCAUCUUUUGUGGAUGACAGGCGGCCGGGACACAAACGAAACCAGCUGACAAACAUGAUAUGGGAAGGAAGGAAACACAAGAUACGGUACUUGAUCGGACGGGAUGGGGGCUGGUUAGAUCGGAUUGUCGCUUGGGUUUAGGUCUGCGGCAUCGAGUUGUGGCCGGUUGGUGCCGCAGCCACUCAUGUUGUGAUGAUUGUUUGAGUGUCUGGAGAUGGGAUUAUGGGGGCCAAAAUAGUACCCCAAGUUAUGUACAUGCCAACAUUCUCUUAAUCAAGCACCGAGGUGAUCACCGGUAUGACAACUGCACACCCCAGUAAAUUCACCGGAGGAUCUGAUAAGACCAGGG